AUGGAGAGCCCCAAAGACAGCACUCCAGGGCGAAUCUUUGGUGAGAAGCUGGCAGAGAAGUUCCCGCCCAUCCCAGAGUCAUCACCGCUGCCAGACCAGCUUAGCGUCGAUACCGAGUCUGCUGUUCGCAAUAAAACCUCCGAUCCAGCACUUGCGCGUACAGACGGUCAGACAGUGGAAGAAAUCGCGCACUCCGAACGCUCCGCCUUACGAUCUCUACCUGCCUGGAUUCGGUCGGUCGAUGAGCCCGAGGAGGACGAAGAUGAAGCUACGGCAACCGAUCGCUUACUACCUUCCCAACCAAAUGACGCAUUUGUCGCUCAGCACAACCACUCGCCCUACUCAUCGUCGAAGCCGCAACCUACUCACGCGACCACCAACGGCCUGUUUGAGGAUGAAACACCACUCGUCAACCGUGAAUCGCGCUGGGUGACAUUCUCACGAAGCAUCCAAUACCCCCGAGAGCCCGGUAGAGAGGAACGGCAUGUCACGUCAGAAUGGCUGAAUGAGAAUCACGGUGAUUACUUGCAACCAUGGCGAGGAAAGCACUUGGAGGGCGAUAGUCCGGAGUAUCCGCUACACAGCGGCGGCCGAAGGGAUAUCUGGAUCAAGCGUUUCAAGAACACGCUCCUGCGAAGCCCGAUCGUACCACUGAUUCUUCGAAUGACUGUUUGGUGCUUCUCACUCUCUGCACUGGCUCUGGGUGGAUCGAUUCAGCACAUGUCUAAUCGAUUGCAUCACCCUCAAGGCCCAUCUGCAUUGAUGGCAAUCAUCGUCGAUGCAGUCGCCCUGGUUUACCUCUUGUACAUCACCUUUGAUGAAUACACGUCAAAGCCCCUGGGUUUGCGCUCCCCCUCGGCUAAAGCACGUCUUCUCCUCCUGGAUAUAUUCUUCAUUGUUUUCGAUUCCGCCAAUCUUAGUUUGGCAUUUGCUUCACUCUCCGAGGUGACAGGAUCCUGCACCGAAACGGAGGUCAACCAAGCGAUCGAUCCUCGAAAUGAUGGUAUAUGUACGCGACAAAAGGCACUUGCUUCCGUAUUGCUCGUGGCACUCUUGGCUUGGCUCAUGACAUUUUCGAUCAGUGUUCUCAGGCUUGUCGAACGAGUCACACAGUGA